AGGUACUACACCAAUGUGUGGAGAUAUCCCUAGUACUACUUGCAGGUGUUUCACAAUCACUUUUUCAUUUCGUAUUUCUACUUUUCAGGCCAUCGCACCGAAGUCCACCAGAUGGAGUUCGAAACUUUUCCAAAAACUCACAGUAAGCAACUACCUCGCGGUUUUUGUGAAGACGGUAUCACUUUUCACCUUCACAACGCUGAUUACCCAUACCCAUUAAUAUAAUUUUUUUUUUUUCUAUUGAUCUAUGAGAUACUACUGGCAUCCUAGCACCUGUUAUUGAACAGGACGAAUGGCCGGUAGUUUUUGCGACAUCGUGGUAGGCAUUCGUUUCUUUUGAUUGAAAAUAGAGAUCAGCACGUUUGGAUUCAUCUGGCCACAUCGUCGUGCGGCUCCUUUUGCCACAACUAGCCUACUUAUUUUGUUGUAGCCUCAACAUCUAUAAUUGACGAGAAAACCACUGAAGCUUCAUCUUUCGUCGAAAACAUGUCAACCGCAGCGACACCUUCCACAUCGGCCGCCAGUAGUCCUCGGCGUGAUGUAGAUGUUGUCGACCAACGCAUCAUCGGAGGUGCGGAAACGCUGAAGAAAUUUCUUCAAGCAGUUGAUGACGAUGAUCAGGAGCGCGUGUCGAAAAUUUGUAAGGAAAAGCCUCGUGGUCCUGGUCGCAACGCAGACAAGGGGUCUCAGGUCCGCCAAGAUCAUGUAAACGGACUUUUGACGGAACUCUCGGGGCGCGGCACGAAAGUUUCGCAUUCAAUCUACCUUGUGCUCGCGGAAUCGCUUCGCCGCAUCUGCGAUAUUCGCCUUUAUGGCACCGGACGUUGUACGGAUGGUAUAAAGUCGGCGCUUGACAGCGACCUAGCCGGUUGGCGGUUACUGCUGAAGAUUUACGACAACGAUCCCCAUCCGCCCGACCUUAACAAAAUUCCAUCCACCAUUUUGGUCAAUCCGCUGCAGUGCAGACCGUUUUUGGUUAAUUGCAUACCUGCGGCCAGAGACCCAUCCCUCCUCUUCUUUGCCAACCGAACGCAUUUGGACGAUCACCUAGCGCUUCACUUCGAGGACGUGAUCAGCGAAUUUUCAGCACGAGGCGUCCGGGUCAACGGGGAGUUCAUUCAGGAGUUGCUGGAGUGGAUCACCAAGCAGGUGCAGCUGCAGGAGUUGAGAGACAUGAUGAAAAGCCCAAAGCUUGAUCAACAGCACGACCCGAUCAAACAGUUCCGGCCCUUAUGCCUACACGCCGCAGACUUGCUCACUCAGGGCUUAGCGCCAGAGUGUGCAGCGGAAGUACUGAGUGUGACACUGAAAGACAUCGCCGCAAACGGCUCCUACCGUGCUAGAGGCUUUUUAGCCUUCGACCAUCAUCUGCUUCGUGCGUUUGUGGCUCGUGGCGCAGCUGUCCCGAUCGAGGUCUACCAGCUGACUCUCGCGGCCGAGCAUCAAGAUGUGGACCGUGCGCUCCUUCGCUCGCGGAUCGCUAUCGAAGUUCCCCAGCGUCCGUUCUGCAGCGUGAUGGAGUAUCACUUUUUCCGGAUCUUCGACGAGAUUGAUCAAAGUCCGCCCGAUCUGAAUGAGCUCGUGCUGAAAAAGAUUAUCUGCCAGACGUUGUCGCAGUGGAUGAGGUACACGAGCGACGAGCAGAUGAUAAUCAGUCUGCUGUCUCGUUUCGUGGCGCGUGGAUUUCGCGUACCGCACCACCUUUACUUGGACAUGGCGCAAGAGAGAAAAGCCUCUAUUCUGCUACCGGUUUUUGACGAGGAUCCGCACUGCCCGGAUAUCAAUUUAUUUUGCGAACGUGAAGCUGAAGGCCACACGGGGACGACUCUAACGCUUUUCUUUCGAGACGACUACAAGACCAUGCUGCAACUUCUGCACAGGGGCGCGCAAAGCCCGAAAAACCUCGGCGUGGAAGCACCGAGCGACCCGGAUUCCAUGGCCCGCCUAGCUACCGAUUCGCAGAAUGUGCACACAGCUUUCAUGACGGAGCAUCUGAAGGCUUGUUUGAAAGCGGCGAAAGCCGCGUUGCAAAGUCCACAUGUCAACAGCGAGGCUUCCUCGGCGACCAGCUUGGAGUCCGGCUUCGAUCCGCAAGCUUUUUUAUCAAAAGUCCUGACGGCACUGGGCCAAGAGCUUUUUGUUGAUCGUUUGAAAAGAACCGUUCCGCGUGCUCAAGGCAGAAGCGCUGCAGCUAUCGGGGAGAUGAUUCGUUUCGCACUGAUUCGCUUCUACACGACGGAUCUUGCGAGAAACUACGGAGGAAUGAUUUGCACCGGGCCCGAGGCGCUUUCGGUCGUGUAUCGAUACCUGGUCCUGCAGGCUCAAGAUGAUAAAUCCGGGAUGAAUCACGAUGAUGCAGUGUUUCUUCUUUGCCAACAGCUCCUCCAGUCUGUGACCGAGUACGGCUGGGGCCUCGCGGCCUGUGCGCCCGGAAGCAUAGCGAUGAUUCUGACUUUAUUGCAGGGGCGCGUGAAACUAGCGACAGCUUCUGAAGAUAGUGCUCCGCUACCUGCGGACAUGCAGGAAUUUGAGAAACUUCUUCGAACGCAGCAGACUCAAGAUCAAGACGCAGUGAGGGAGGAAGCACGCGCCCGGUUGCUGGACUACUGUCGUCGCGGUGACAUCCAGAUCAAGAAAACCUACGACGCAAUUGCAUCGGGUGAAGAAGGCAGCUGUACUUGGGGAGCGAAUUCCUUGCGCGGGUUGUUUUUCCAAGCGCUGCAGGCCGAGUUUGCGCAUUUGUUCGCGAAAGUCGUUCCUGAGCCAGAUCGGUAUGGAUUUGCUGCCAUGACGACAGAAGCGGGCCAGCUGUUGCUGACGGUCUCUGGAAUUGCGGAAACUUUCACACGAGUCAUGACUCAAGAGUGGACGAACGUGCCGGACCUUCUGGAGCCGUUUCUCGAUGAGGGCACUAUCGCGCCCGCACAGUAG